CUUCGUUUAUUGCUUGCUGAUAGCACAUUAUCAUUAUUUAUAUGUUGUGUGUGUGUAAGGCAAUCGUUUUUUGCUGCCUGAAUAUAUACCAUAAUAUACUAAAAAUUGACUUAAUGACUUGUACGAUUUUUAACGAAUUUCGUAAAAAAGUUAUCGAAGAUUUUCGUUACCAUCAUCAUCAAUCGAUAGCCGAUCAUAACGAACAAUCAAACGAUUUAAAUCAAUUGGAUGAUGUAUUAUUUGAAUUAUUUGUCGAAGAUUUUAUCACCAUGUUACAGACAUUGUUCGAUAGAUGGAUCGUACAUCAACAAACAUAAACAUUGUAUUGAACAACAGAUUCAUAGACAUAUGGCUUAUGUUAGUAAUAAACGUAUAACAAGAUUAUGUUCAGAAAUUGAAGUAGAUAAAUCAGAAUUAAAUCAAAAUGGUAAUGAAAAAUAUAUUGAUGUUCGUUUGAAGAAUCGUAAUCCACGUAAUUUGGAACAGAUGCUUAUGGAACCAAAACCAAUGGGUUAUGAAAUGGAUGAACAAAAUUGUCAUUAUUGGAAUAAAGUUGUAUUGGUGAAACGAUCAAAAUAUUUAAUUGCGAAAAUUAUACAUCAUUCUGGAAGAACCACUAUAUCAGCUGCCACUAAUGAACCAUCAUUAGCAAUAUUUCUUGGUUCAAAAUCAACCUAUACGGAUGUUAAAGCGGCAAAAAUACUUGGUCAAGUACUUGCAAUGAGAGCAUUAGAAUCAGGAAUUCAUUCAAUAUUCUAUGAUCAUCGUGAAUAUGGAAAAAGUGGUGAAAAAUUAUCAUCAUUUAUUGAUGCAUUAAAACAGAAUGGUUUAAAUCUUGAUGAACAGCCAGUGAUAUUUGCACGUGCACAACAGAAACGUAAAUUUAAACCUCGAUGGAUAAGCUUUGAAAUGAUGAAAUCCACUUCCAAUAGAUUGCCGUAUGUCGAAAUUAUCAUCGUGACCGACCGUUUUGAUGAUGAAGUACUUAAUUUUUUUCAUGAUAAAUGUCGUAUUGUUGGUCCAUUGAUCAUAACAUAUUGUGAUAAUGAUAUUUGUCCAUGUCCACAAUCAUCAAUACCUCAACGAACAUGGCCCAUUUAUAGCCAAUGUAUGCGUGGAUUGGAAGUGACAACUUCUGAUAUUCCAACCACAAAACGUCAAUUUAUUGAAAAUCGUGUAAAAUUGAUGUCUGGACAUUAUCAUGAAAAUCUUCAUAUCAAUACCAGUGUCCUUGUUUCUGAUUCGGUUCUCACAAGAAAAGCUCGUGCAGCGGCCGAAAAUCAUAUACCAAUCGUAACAGUUGACUGGAUUGAAUCAUGUUGGAUAAAAUAUCAACAUGAAUACAAACAAGCAAAUGAAGAUUCGAUCAUAUCGAAAUAUCGUUUGCCAAUUUUUCAUGGUUUAAAUAUUGUUUUAUCUGGUUUAAACGAACGGGAUAAAAUAAGUAAUAUCGUUGAAUCAAAUGGUGGCAAAUAUCAUUCGGUUUUGAAGAUAAAACCAGUAUUGCCAAAUACAAUAUUAUUACUGCCUGAAAAACGUGGUGAAAAAUAUUUGAAUGCAAAACGGCUAAAUAUUCCUUGUUUAUUGCCUAAAUGGCUUGACGAUUCGAUCCAGGCUAGUUUUGCAUUACCAUUUGAAAAUUAUAUGAUCGAUAAUCUCAUGGAUGAAGAUAGCCCAACAACAACAACAACAAAUGUGAUGAAUAAACGGGCGAAAACAGUAAAAAUUGUUUCAUCAACUGGAUCAGCUGAGACAAAAACAGAAAGUAAUAACUUGGAAUCAAUAAUUAAAGAAAUUUCCGAAUCAAAUCAAUCUAGUGAUCAAAUUUUUGAUGGUAAUUCAAUUCAUGCAACAGGAUUUGAUGAAAACGUGUUGAUUAUGAUACGAAAUUGUGCAAAAAAAUUUGGAGCUUUUUUCUAUGAUUCUUUAUGUGAUUCAGUCACCGAUAUAAUUGUUGGCCCGAACAUUACUAAAACAUCAUUUCAAAAACUUUCAGAAAGUGAAUAUUCUAAUCAUUUAGUAUCUAUCGAUUGGUUUAUUGAUCGUAUUCGAUUACGUGAUUUAUGUUCACAAAAUAAUUAUCUUAUUCAUUCUUAUUCACAACUAAAAGACCAAUCAUCAUCAAUAACAAAUAUAACAUCACAACAGAAAAAAUCCGAUCCAUUCGAAGAAUUAGGUAUUUUAAAUGUCGAUCCGAAUCAACUUGAGAAAUUAAUAAAAUUAAAGGAUGAAAUUUCAAAAGAAAAUUCAAAUGAAAAAAAAUCACAACGUUUUCACUAUUUAUUGGGAAAUGAUCCAGAUGACACUGAUAGUCCGGAUUUUGUUUGGAACCAUCAAAAAAAAUUGAAUGCAUCGAGAACAAUUAACGAAACAGAUUGGAUGAGACCAACAACAAGUAACGACAUGAAUAUCUAUGAUGAUAAUGAUAUGAUGCUGAUGGCUGAUAAUAAUGAAGUAGCCGCAUUGAAUUUACAAGAAAAUCAAUCAUCAUCACAUUCAUUUAAUGAUCAAAUUCAAACAGUGAAUACAACAGCUGUAUUUAUGUUUUCAGAAUUCAACGUUAAUUCUAAAACAAAAUGGGAAAAAAUAGCACAUGAUGUAUUAAAUAUUAUCGUCAAAGAUGAUCGUAUAUUAACGAAAGAUGUAACACAUUUAAUAUUGAAUCGACCACGAUCUACGGAGAAAGUCUUUUCGGCCAUUGCUGCUGGUGCAUUUAUACUGAAACCUGAAUAUAUUUAUGAAUCGAUUUUGUCAAAAAAAUUAUUGGCCGAAGAAAAUUAUCAAUGGGGAAUGGAUUCAGAUGUUCCAUCAUCAUCAUCAUCAAGUAGCAGCAAUACCCAAUUGAAUGAAUUUCAAUUGAUGAAAGUGGCUAUCGAAUGGAAACAUGAAAUUGUUAAAAAUAAUCGAAAAGUAUUUGAAGAUUUAAAAAUACUUUUAUUAGAUCCAAUGUACGAUGAUGCACAUUUGAAUUCAUGUGCAAAUAUUCUACGCGCUGGUGGUGCCAAUGUUAUCACCAUUUUUGAUAAAUCUAGUGAAUUACUUGAAUCAUUUAUGAGUAAAAUAAUCGAUUCAAUCGAUUUGGCCAUAAUAAAUCCUAAUUGGAAAGAGAAACCAAAAUUACAUCGAAAGCAUUUCAUGAAUUUAGUUGAUUAUUUUCAUCAGAAAGAUCGUCUGGCAAAUUCUUGCGUAAUUGUCCGAUUUAUUUCACAAGGACCGAAAAAUGCCAAUAUGGAAACAUUACGUCAACGAUAUCCAAUAACCAAUGAAGAUGUUCGAAAUCAUUUAUCAAAAUUUUAUUGAAAAUUUUUCAUUUUCA